UAGGCUGGGCUGUAUUUUGGCCAUCUCCGCUCCGGCAGCUCUCCACCACCGCGAUUUAUCAUCCUCCAUUUGCGGCGGCGAUGGCGCUCUCCUCCUCCCGGCCGCACCACCUCCUGCGCCCGCUCCUCCGCGGCUUCCACGCCUCUGCGCAGGCCCUGGCGCGGGCGGAGCCGCACGAGUUCUCCAAGCCUAGCGGCUACUUGGGCAGCUGGGAGCCCGCGGAGGAGCCCCGGGAGGCGUGGGCGCAGCUGGACCGGCUGCGGAAGGGGUACGCGCGCGACGUGCGGCAGCUGCGCCGCCAGUACGCAUACGAAAUGCAGCUGAUGGAGGCCGAGCGGCAGCGGAAGGCCGAGGCGCGCGCCGAGGCCGCCCGCGUCGCCAACGAGGAGCGCAAGGGAGCCAAGGCCGCCGCGGCGCAGACGCGCGCGGCCGAGCGGCGCGCAUUCGAGGAGGACUUCCGCCAGGCCCUUAUGAAAGAAAGAGCUGAGAAGCUGGAGAGCUGGAGGAAAAAGGAGAAGCUCCGGGAGCAGAAGAAGGCGGAGCAGAAGGAGCUCUUGUGCAAGAAGAGCAGUGUGUGGCUUGCUGAAGAUAAACUUGAAGAUCAAAUACUCGAUGCUAUCAAGAAUACCACUCCUCUAUAAGUUUGAUUCUGUGAGCUCCGCGGCAACUGCGAUCAAGGAGCCACGGCAACUGCAGCUGACUCCUGCGCCACUGACCCGAGGCGAUCGCCGGCGCACUGAGGCUCCUGCGCCGGCGGUCUCUGCCUCCUUUGUCGUUGGCCCGAGGCGAUCGCCGUCGCCGCAAGGCUUUUGCGCCGGCACCCUAAGGCUCCUGGGCCGGUGGUCUCUGCCUCCUUCCGACCUCCUGCGCCUCAAAUCCGACAGAUUUGGCUGCAACACGACACGGGCAAGGUGAAAGGCGUGCCAAGGCAACCAUUCGGUGACUUGACGAACAUACCCCGUGCCGAUAAGUCACUUAACGCAGUUGGAUUGUCCAUUAUUGUGAUGUCAUUCGCGGUUGAAACAGUUACAUUGAUCUUAAUCCUGUACAGGUUAAGCGGGUAAGGGACCGAUGGUCUGCUUCGUUAAGUUAGGCGCAGAAAAACGAACGCUCGCUGCAGGAGACUAUUGAUCUUACUGGUUCAUGGGUGGAUUAUAGCUAUUUUCGCCAGCAUCUUGGAGUCAACAAGGGUGGAAAACGCACGCUAGAUGUUAUCUUUAAGCCUAUUAAUAUCACAAUUUAGAGGAACCUUUCCAUCUUCAUGAGCUAUCGUGUGAAAGCAUAUAGUAUUAAGUUACUUGAUUUUAUGUCGAUGACAAUUUUCAAAAUUACAAGAUUUCCAACUAGCAACUACUCAGAAGUGUUAUUACUCUGUUCUUCAUGAGGUUCUACUCAUGCUGUAGUUACUCACUGUAUUCCAAGGCCAGAGGCCCAGAGCACGUGCAGAUGUGCCUAUUAUUUUCUUUCUUGUGCAUAACUCUUGAGUUAUAUUGGUAUAUAACUAUAUAUGUUCAGCAAUUGGAGGACAA